AUGGAGGAGAAUGACGCGGCCGUGGCGGUGCGCGUGCUGAAGGAGCGGCUGACGUGUCAGCCGAGCGCCGUGGCAAGCCGUGGGGAUCGCGGCAGCAGUAGCCCCGCGAUAGAAGCGCAGACUCAUGCGUGUACCCGCGCGACACAAACGGGGCAGCUUGUAGCGGAGACAGAGAGCAACGAGGCGGAGGGACGUAUCAGGGAGGUCCCUCUGACGGCGGAGAACGAGAUCAAUCGCGAGCGGCUGCACGGCAUGCUGCGCGACGUGGCGUGCGACGGGCUCUGCCUCUCGCUGCUGCUUCUCGGACCCAGAGGAUGCGGCAAGACGCUGGUGAGUGCCGUGGGCUGUGGGCUGUGUUUGGAGUCCCUUAAAACCCUCCUUCCCUGGUGCCGGCUGCACGGCAUGCUGCGUGACGUGGCGUGCGACGGGUUGUGCCUCUCGCUGCUUCUCCUCGGACCCAGAGGAUGCGGCAAGAAGCCGGUGCUGCAGCGUGCGUUGGCUGACCUGCGUGCAUCACCCCACACGCCACCGUUUCUUGCUGUGCAUCUGGAUGGUCGCAUGCAUGCUGACGACCGAGCUGCUCUCAAGGAAAUGGCUCGCCAGCUGUCAGCCUCUCUGCCCCACCUUGACGCCCUCUCCCUGUCUGACUUCUUGUCCUCGUUCCCCCCUCCGUCUCCCCUCCACCAAUCACGCGACAGCAUUCCUACUCUGACAACGUCAGGAUGCUUCACCACGUCCUCAGGUACCCAUCUUCCCCUUCAGGUGCCUUUUCAGAUCCUCAGGCUCUGCUCGCAAGCCAGAAGAUCGCUCAUGAUGGUGCUCGACGAGUUCGACCACUUUGCCUCUCGUGGCAAGCAGGGGAUACUCUACCUGCUCUUGGAUCUCAUGCACUCCCCAGACUCUCACUUGGCUGUUAUCGCGAUUUCCGCCUCCCAAGACGCAGACCAGCUUCUGGAGAAGCGAGUGCGGUCGCGCUUCUCAAACCGCAAGAUCAUCUUCCUUCCGCCGCAGCCUCAGGACCUUGUCAGAUUGCUUCGUUCAACCCUGACUCUCCCGGUGCAGAGGCUGCCAUCCCUCCACUUUGCUCCUCCGAACACCACCAAUCCAUCUCACACCUCUACUGCUCCUCCUAACACCACCGAUUCGUGGGCUGCAUUCGCAACGGAGUUCAACAAAUGGGUCGAAGCAACUUUCCAGCAUCCCUCUGUACUGGCCGUUCUGCUGCAGUCGACCGCAGUGAACCGCACAGUACUCCACAUCUUCAAGCUCGGGUUCCGGGCAGUGUGUGAGAUGGUGAGGAGAGGAGGCCAGACGCUUUCAGUGGCCGAUUUUGAACGAGCGUGUGCUGCAACCACACAGCCCAUCCGACAGCAAAUGCUUUCAGGUCUGUCAGUCCUGGAGCUCUAUCUGCUAGUGGCAUUCCACCGCAUCGAAGCACGUGCUGCGGCUGGCGCUGGUGGCACUGCUGCUGGGGCUGGCGCAUCGAAGCUGAUCGACUCAUACGUCACGUCCCCCUUCGGCGCGCGCACGGGGUUCACUUUCCUCGCGCCGACCGACGACGCGUUCGCGGCGAUGCCGGCGCAAGACGCGGAGAUGCUGCGCACGAUGCCGUGGGCCAUGGCGAGCCAGCUGCUGUUCCACGUCGUGAAGAAGAGGCUGACUCAUGUCCAGCUGCGAUCCGCUCGUCCCGAAACGAAGUACGGCACUCUCUCCAACAUCGCCGUCGUCAAGGUGUAUGCGCCCAUCCUCGAGUUCGCCCCCGCAGGCUCGCCAUACGGACCACAGGUGUCGCGCGCUAAUGCAUAUGUGGGAGACAGCAUUGCUGUGCAUGGAAUCACGGAUGUCAUGGACCCGGGUCUCUACUCGCGCCAGUUCAUCCUUCCCCUCGUGCAGAUGAAAGCAGUCUCUGACGAUCCUGCGCUGGCCCAGGCCCGAGCACACCGUGGGCGAGUGGCAUGUGAAUCUCUGCUGGCAGCGCUGCAGAAGAAAGGGCUCUCUCGCUUCACUGAGGCACUCCAGAAGGCCGAGCUUCAGGAGUAUUUAUGCCGCAAGCUCGAGACCCAAGUGCUAACACUGAUGGUGCCGUCAAACAAUGCUUGGGAUCACCUGGCGCCUGCUGUUGCUGACUCUAUUGCGGACAACCCACAGAGUAUUAUCCAGGUGCUUCUUUUCCACAUCCUUGAGACACGACUCACUGCGGCUGACUUGCGCAGCUCGGCACCUGCUGACCAGCUUCGAGACAUCCUUUGGUUCGCCUCUCUGUGCCUGGGCUCCAAGCCUCCACUCUCCCCAUCCUCGUCCGCGUUAGACCUCAGUCGCUUGUCGUACGCGUUGUCCACUCCUGACGCUCUCGGUCAGUCGCUCGAAUUCAAGCAAGACCUCCCGUCGCCGGUUCAACCUGUCGGUUCGGCUCCGGCAACCGGAGGUGGCCUGUCCGUGAAGCAGUCGCUCUGUCAGGCGGUUUUGCGGAUCGUUUUGGAGAAUGUUCAGAGGGACGGACAUGGUAGAGAGGUUCAGGACUCGGUGUCUAAGCACUUCGCAACGCUGCCGUCAAGGUACGCUCUCAGCGUCAACCCACAGCGUCAUGAGGACGUGUUGCUCCACAUGCAUCUCAUCAACGAGGCUCGCACGCUCAACCAAACCGACCCGGACCAAGGCCCGGUCGUCCGGGUCCGACGGGUUUGCCUCGGCCGAGCCAAGUCGUCAGGUUCGGCAGGCGGGGGGAACGCAGGGGAAUUUCUGAGUUCCCCCAGGAGGAGGCACAGCUCGGAUUAUGCAAGCAAUAGCCCGUCCGGCAGAAGCCUGGAAGGUUCCCAAAAGGCAGCGGUUUCCGCUGCGGUAGCAGCGGCUGGCGGGAGUGCUGCUUCUGCGGGGUCUUCUGAUUCUGGAGCAUCUGGGUUACCAGCAGCAGGAGGAGCAUCUGGUUUAGCGGCAGCAGGAGCGUCACAGCCGCAGCUUCAUGGGUCCCAUCCGGCUCCGCGCAGGUCCAUCCCCUGUCCCGGAACCUUGUCGCGAAUCAUCCCGCAACCCACAUUCGGCUCCUCCGCCCCCAACUGCUACAGCCUGAGCGGCCUAGGCUCGGCAGGAUCCUCUGCUGUGGACUUGAACCAAGCCGUUCCCACCGCGACUGGCCGCAAAUCCGGGUCGCUUACUGGCCGGUCGCCGUUUGGGUCUGGUAGUAUCGGCAACAACAAGGGCAGCAGCAGUCAUUUCUCGUUAGCGGCGACGUUAAGGGAAGGCGUGCCGUUUUCGUCAGCGUCGGAUUUGAGGGGAGACGGUUUGGGAGGAGGGUUGAGCAGCGCGGGAGGGAUGGGGAGCGCGGGAGGGUUGGGGAGCGGCGGGGGAUUCUUGGUUGGGUCGAGAGGGUCCGCGUCGAGUCUAGGGACAGACGUGGAUGAGGAUGAUAGUCGGAGUGGGGGGUCGAGCUGGCACGGACCAGGGGGAGUGGAAGGGGCGGAGGGCGACGGGUAUGUGUACGGGUGGGAGGUGUCGAUUGCGGCUCCGGAUAGACCGGGGUUGCUGACGUGGUUCACUUCGGCACUCGCGAAUUCGGACAUGGAGCUGAACAUCAAUGUGAGUGGGGGAGUUGUUUGCACAUCGGAUGGCAUGGCGUUACAGGAUUUUGUUGUCACCACGCCCAAGCACCACCAGAACUUCUAUGCCAAUGAGGCGGAGCUACAGGACGCGCUGACACACGUGGUGCGCAUCAAGUGGAGAGAGCGAGACGUGAAGCAGGCCUCAGAGCAAAUGCAGCUGGCGAAUCUGAGGGCCGUGGUGGAGGCCAUGGCGUAUGAGGACUGGGCGGUGGACUACCAUGAUCUGGGCAUAGGCGAGAGGCUGGGCGGAGGGGCGUCAGGGCGGCUGUGCAGAGGCACAUACAGAGGGCAGGACGUGGCAGUCAAGGUCAUCACGCUCGCUGCUGCUGAUGAUCUGGGCGCCGCUGGGGGAGGGUUGCGUGGAGGGCCGGCCGGGGUGGGUGAUGCGGGCAUGUCAGUGUCUAUGCGGAGUGCUACGGCGCUGGAAUUGUUACAGUGCUUUAAGCAAGAGGUUGCCAUAAUGAGGAUGGUACGGCACAAGAACCUGGUACAGUUCAUCGGGGCAUGCUCCCACUGGCCGCGGCUAUUCAUUGUCACGGAGCUCAUGGCACGGGGCAGUGUGCGGGACGUGUUGGACCAGAGGGGGUGCGGGCUACCCCUGCCAGUGGCGCUCAAGAUCCUGAGGGACGCGGUACGCGGGCUGGACUUUCUGCACCGGAGAGGCAUUGUGCACCGGGACCUCAAGGCUGCUAACCUUCUGGUGGAUGAGAAUGAUGUGGUGAAGCUGUGUGACUUUGGAGUGGCAAGGCUGCUGCCAUCGAAGCAGGCGGGGCAGCUGUGUGGGGAGCCCACCGCCAAGUCACGCCCAGACAUGACAGCAGAGACAGGCACCUACCGCUGGAUGGCACCUGAGGUCAUGGAGCACCAGCCAUACGACCAUCGCGCUGACAUCUUCUCCUUCGGUGUCACCAUGUGGGAGGUCAUCACAGGCGACCUGCCCUACACUGGCCUCACUCCCCUUCAGGCAGCCAUUGGAGUCCUGCAAAGGAACCUACGCCCGCCUCUCCCUCCCGGCUUGCCAUCUCGCAUCAGCAAUCUCAUCACACGCUGCUGGGCUGCUGACCCUGCUGUCAGACCUGACUUCACGGAGCGAGUGAAGGUGUAUCGGCUGAACGACGACGGGAAGUGGGAUGACAAGGGAACAGGCCACGUGUCAGUGGAAUACCUCGAGAGGUCGGAUGCCAUAGGGCUGGUGGUGAUCGACGAGGAGGACAACGCCACGCUGCUGGUGCACCGCAUAUCAGCAGAUGACAUUUACCAGAGGCAAGAAGACACCAUCAUCUCAUGGACGGACCCCGAGGUGGCAACAGACCUGGCGCUGAGCUUCCAAGAAAGCAUGGGCUGCUCCUACAUAUGGGAGCAAAUAUGCAAUGUGCAGCGGCAAGUGCACGUGCCUGCAGGCACUGAGGGAGGAGGGGCAGGAGCAAGGGACGAGAUUGCAAUACACGAGGCAUCCCCAGAGAAUGCCUUUGAAGCAGCAACAGACAUGUCUGAGUUACCUGCAGUGGAGCUCAGGAACCUUCCUGUCAUCGCCAAGAUGCUAACAGACGUGCCAUUGUUCCACAAGGACCGAAUUGCCUCACUCGUCCUUCGAGAGAGCUAUGUGCCCAAGCUGCUGGACCUCUUCCGCCAGUGCGAGGAAUUGGAGAAUCUAGACGGGCUGCACCAGCUCUACCGCAUUGCCAAGGGGCUGGUGCUGCUCAAUGACACCAAUCUGUUCGACCUUCUCUUUGCUGACAACGCCAUUCUGGACCUCGUGGGGGCUCUUGAAUACGACCCAGACCUCCCAUCGCGCCAGCAGCACCGCAAGUUCCUGCUGGAGCAGGUGGAGUAUCGCGAGGCCGUGCCCAUCCAGGACCCGGCCCUGCGCUCCAAGAUCCACCAGACGUACCGCCUGGGCUACGUCAAGGAUGUGAUUUUACCGCGUGUAUUGGACGACCAGACAUACGGGACCUUCAACUCCCUUAUUCUGUUCAAUAAUGUAGAGGUGGUGUCCACUCUACAGGGCGACAAGCCUUUCCUCUCAGACCUAUUCUCCCAGCUGCGAUCCAAAGACCCCUCCUCCCCCGCCUUUAGAGACCUGGUUCGAUUCCUCCAGGAGUUUUGCUCGCUGCACAAGCACCUGCAGAUCACACAGAGAAACCAGUCCUUCAGUGCUCUGAUUGGUCUGGGCCUAUUUGAAAUCGUCACCACGAUCUUGCAACACACUGACGCCUCCCUACGCCUUUGCGGCACCGACAUGCUCAUGUCUGCUCUCAGUCCCGACCCUGCCCCCCUGCGCACCUUUCUCGUGGAGCAACCCGGCCACACACUUUUCUCCUGCCUUGUGAAGGGAAUGGUGGAACGCAGUCAGGGGGAGGGGGGGUCUCACGUGCAGCUCUUAGAAAUAUUGAGGCAGUUGCUAGACACAGACACCAUGGACACUGCUGAGAAGAACAAGUUUCUAGACGUGUUAUAUGAGGAGUACGUGGAUGUGCUUGUAAAGGGGAUAACAACCGCUGCUGCUGCUGCUGGCGUUGAAGGGGGGCGAGGUGGUGGAGGGGGAGGAGGAGGAGGGUUAGGAGGAGGAGGGGGGUCGCCUGCGCCCGAGGUACUACGUGUUGCGCAACAACGUGGUGGAGAAGGUGCUGCGGCUGGUGCGGCGGAAGGAGAGGUACCUCGUGGUGGCGGCUGUGCGCUUCCUGCGUUCCUGCAUCAGCCUCAAGGUAUAGUACUACGCCACCCGCGUGAGUCGGUAAACAACGGGGGUAUCUACUUUCUGCCUGAGCUAGCUCGUGAGGCGCAGGGAGAGGUACCUGGUGGUGGUGGCUGUGCGCUUCCUGCGUUCCUGCAUCAGCCUCAAGGUAUGAAUGCUGCCCUCGUUGAACCCAAGCCUGCUCUUGAGCUAGCUGGUGGGGCGCCGGGAGGGGUACCUGGUAGUGGCUGCUGUGCGAUUCCUGCGCUCCUGUGUCAGCCUCAAGGUAGAUCAGAUGACUUCUACCUGCGCUACCUGGUCAAGAACCGUCUGUUUGAGCCCGUGAUGCCAGAUGACUUCUACCUGCGCUACCUGGUCAAGAACCGUCUGUUUGAGCCCGUGAUGCCAGAUGACUUCUACCUGCGCUACCUGGUCAAGAACCGUCUGUUUGAGCCCGUGAUGCCAGAUGACUUCUACCUGCGCUACCUGGUCAAGAACCGUCUGUUUGAGCCCGUGAUGCCAGAUGACUUCUACCUGCGCUACCUGGUCAAGAACCGUCUGUUUGAGCCCGUGAUGCCAGAUGACUUCUACCUGCGCUACCUGGUCAAGAACCGUCUGUUUGAGCCCGUGAUGCCAGAUGACUUCUACCUGCGCUACCUGGUCAAGAACCGUCUGUUUGAGCCCGUGAUGCCAGAUGACUUCUACCUGCGCUACCUGGUCAAGAACCGUCUGUUUGAGCCCGUGAUCGCAGCCUUCAGAGCCAACGGCAGCCGCUACAACCUCCUCAACUCCGCUGUGCUGGAUUUAGUCGAAUUCAUCCGCAAGGAGAACAUCAAGUCGCUGGUGACUCAUUUAGUGGAAACAUACGGAUCCUGGUUUGACUCGGUUGACUACGUUGACUCCUUCAAGCUGCUGCGCCUCAAAUAUGAACAGAACCUUGAGUCGAUGCGCCCAGCAGAAGAGCCCUCUGCUGCCCCUCCGCCCUCCCACUUGCCGCGAGCCACAGCCAUCAGCGUGCAAUCAGGCGGCGACAGGUGGCGGCACGAGGGUGGUGGAGGGGGACCGGCAGAGGGAGAAGGGGGGAGGAGUGGAGAGGGGGUGGAGCGAGGAGGGCGAGUGAGGGUGGAGAAGAGGAGAGUGAGGGAGGAGAGGGAGCUUGAGAGAGAGGAGGAGGAUUAUUUUGAAAGCGGAGGGGACAGUGACGAGGACGAGCCAGCAACACAGGAGGAGGAGCACGAUGACAGCCUACCAGUGCUCGACCCGUCAGGCACACCCCCCCUGCCACGCCACAAAUCCCGCUCGCCCUCUCCCCCUCGCGCUCUGACUAACGGCAUCAUUCCAGACCCGUCUAGGAAGCCAUCUUUUGGGCUUGUGGAUUACGACGAUGAGGACGACGAAGACCGCCCCUCCUCCUCCUCGCCUUUCCCUCCCAGCCCCCGACCCUCCACUGACUCCCCAGCCUUGGGAAGAGGCUUCGAGGCUCGGGAAGAAGCUCGGGGAGAGGCCCGGGGUGAGGCUCGGAACGGGCCGAAGCGGAGCGGGACGGGAGGAGCAGGUUCGGGAGGGAAGGAUGGGUCAUCCCAAGGUGUGCAAAAGAAGCGAAAAUCUUCUGAUGGUGGGCCGGGAUUCAGGAGAAUAUCUGGGGGGAAGAUUGUUGUUGGAGGGAAGCUUGGAGCCAUGUUGGCCCGAUCUGCCCUGGUUAAAGGAGGGGGGGGAGGGGGGACCGUAGGGGGAGGGGGUGGAGGAGCAGCAGGAGGAGGGGGUGAUUACAAAGCGAGAGUCGUCUCCUUCCUCCUCACCAAAAGCCUUUUCAUCACCGAAAACGUCGCCGUCUCAAUCCCCCAGAUCGUCUCCGUCGCGAUCGCCUAG